GCAUCACGUGAUCAGGACUCUGGCGAAGCAAUGGCGGCGCCCAUGCUGCGCCGGUGCUGUCUUGGAAGGCGUUGGGCGUUAGCCCGCCUUGACAGCAGUUCUCGCCAGGGAAGAGGUUCUCCGACAGGGUCCACGCCCAACGGGAAAAGGGGACGGUGCUCAGUAGCUCAUCAGCCCCUCAUCACGGCCCAGAAGCCGAGGAAAGGUGAACAGAGAUGGGCAGCUGUGGUAGGUUUGGAAAUUCAUGCUCAGAUUUCCUCCAACUCUAAACUCUUCUCUGGAUCUCAAGUCUACUUCUCAGCACCUCCAAAUUCUUUGGUGUCUUUCUUUGAUGCAUCCCUGCCUGGAACUUUGCCGGUUCUCAACAGGAGGUGCGUGGAAGCUGCGGUGAUGACAGGCCUGGCUCUGAACUGCCGCAUAAACAAGAAGUCCUUGUUUGACAGGAAGCACUACUUCUAUGCAGACCUCCCCGCCGGCUACCAGAUUACCCAGCAGAGGGUUCCAAUCGCUGUGGAUGGGAGCUUGGCCUACAGCGUCUGUGUGGGGGCUAAGCAGAAUGAGGUGAUCACCAAGACAGUGAAGAUCAAGCAGAUCCAGCUGGAGCAAGACAGUGGCAAAAGCCUCCAUGAUGACCUGCGGGCUCAGACGCUCAUUGAUUUGAACAGAGCAGGAGUCGGCCUUCUGGAAGUGGUCCUGGAGCCCGACAUGUCCUGUGGAGAAGAGGCGGCUGCAGCAGUCCGGGAGCUACAGCUGAUACUUCAAGCCCUGGGGACCAGCCAGGCAAAUAUGGCAGAGGGCCAGUUGAGAGUGGACGCCAAUAUAUCUGUGCAUCACCCUGGGGAGCCUUUGGGUGUUCGAACUGAAGUGAAGAAUCUCAACAGCGCCAAGUUCCUGGCCAAAGCUAUAGAUUAUGAGAUCCAAAGGCAAAUCAAUGAACUUAUGAAUGGAGGUGAAAUUCUGAAUGAAACUCGAUCCUUUGAUUACAAACUGGGGUGUACCGUGUCGAUGAGAGACAAAGAAGGAAAGCAAGACUACAGGUUUAUGCCCGAACCCAACCUGCCCCCACUGCAGUUGUACGACUCUGCAUCCCUGCCCGCCGGUGCCGACCCGCAGCAGGUGAUCAACAUCGACCAGAUUCGGGAGCAGCUCCCUGAGCUCCCCAGAGUGACCCGAGAGAAGCUCGUUCAGCAGUACGGGAUGCUGCCGGAACACAGCUUCGCCUUACUGAAUGAAGUUGGCCUACUGGAGUUCUUCCAAAAUGUGAUAAAAGAAACUAGGGCAGAGCCCAAAACGGUGACCAGUUGGGUCCUCAACACUUUCCUGGGUUCUUUAAAGCAACGGAACCUUGCUGUUAGUGAGAGUCCUAUCGUGCCUUCUGCACUGGCCGAGCUGCUCGACCUGCUGGACAGGAAAGCCAUCUCUUCAGCCGCCGCCAGACAGGUGUUUGAGGAACUGUGGCAGAGUGAAGGGAAGACGCCGGCGCAGAUUGUUUCAGAGAAGCAGCUUGAGCUGAUGCAGGAUCGAGAGGCCCUGGAGCAGCUCUGCCGUGCCACGCUGGAGAGCCAUCCUCAAACGGUAAUGGAUGUGAAGAAGGGAAACCCUCGAGCUAUAAACAAACUCAUCGGGUUCGCCCGAAAAGCCACUCUCAACCGAGCAGACCCGCGGGCCAUCAAGGAGAUCCUGGAGCAGCAGCUGUCGUCAGGAGACGCGCCGGGUCCUCGCAGCACAGCGCAGCAGCACGGGAGUGGAGCCGGAGCCCCUACCCCGAGCCCUCGGCCGCACUGAACCCUUGCAUCUGAUUCCCCUUCCACCCCCUGCCGUCCACAUGGCUCCUCCAUGAGGGCAGGAGAUGGCUGUGGCCGGUGGCUAGGAGACGGCACCUUUGGGGCUUAGUGGCUCUGAACAGACCACCGGGCAUAGCCUUCCCCUGCCUACGCAAGCUCUGCAGCCCGGCUUCCUUCCACAAAUAGUGUGAGCACGUCCAAGGAACCGGCUUUGUUCUAGAUGCUGGGGCUGAGCCGUGAUGAAGAGACAGCAGUGCCUUAGACCCGAACACAGGUUCAUCCGGAUCCGAUGACAGCGCAAGAGGAGAGAGCGUGAGCACGCGCGUUAGGGGUCUCAUGAGGGUGGGAGGGGCUGAUAUUUGCCCACCCCCGUGUGAGGAGGCCCUUCAGCGCCCUUGGGAUCCCACAGCAGACGUCUGAUAAUUUUGUGUGCGUGAAAAAAGAUGACAAAGUUUUCAAAUAAAUUUAAUGAAUAAAAUAUAUACUGAAUAUCACAUAAAAAAUUAACUUACACUUCAAAGAUUGUGCAGUUGACAACUCCCCCGCCCCAUCCUGGGGUCAAAAAAAGAGAAAAAGAGAAAAAGCUGUAACAUUAAAUUGAUUUGUUUUGCCCGGAAAAAAUGAGAUGAUAAACUAGUAAAUCAAAGUGUUGACCUUUAACAGUAGUUGUGGUGCCGUCAACAGUCUCCGUGACGGCUGGGUGGCCUUCACCCCGUUCUCAUGACAGUAAUACUGCUCCUCUGUCACACGGGUGCCCUUGCUGCUCACACCCUUUGUGACCUCUGACUCCCAAUGCUUAAGGACCGAUUUUGCAGAGAUAGUUUUUUAAAAAAAGCUCAUCUCGAAUAAAUGGUGCAUAAGCAAGGGAACCAAGUCAUUGGCGGCCCUGAUUUUACACUGAAUCCUCCAGACAAAGUGGAGGCAGCUCCAUCAUGAAUGGUGUUCCCUGGCAGCUGGGAAACAUGAGGAAAUGGGGCUCCCCCGUCGCCCGUCCAGCAACCGCUGCGUCCCGGGCUGUAGGCAAUUGCUGGGAACGUCCUUAAGACAGUAACAGAAGUGUCCCCUGUCCCCGCCAAAACCAGAAAAGAAGCCAGUUGGGUGAGAAGUAAGGCUUAAAGAAAGAUGAAUUUUGCGAAAUUAGUGACUGAAUUCUAAGAGAAUAAGUUACAUCACCCAGGAAACCAUGUGCCCUGGAAUCCGCUGCAAUACUAAAAACGACUGGGCCUAAAAUUAAAAUAUUUCCAUUUUUUCUCUCCUCACUCUGAAAGUCUGUGAAUUACAUACAGGCAAAGGCCGUCUCAGAUUGGAACCUGGGGGGGAACAUUAUUUUGUAAGAAAUAAUAAUGUUUAAUUUUACAAAGCCCAUUUUCACCAAAGAUCUGGCUUCUUACUCAUUCAACUUUACAGAAAGCAUGCAAGGACCUUACUAGAGCAUUUCAAUCAAGGAUAUACCUAAAAUGGGGGUAGGGGAAGACCAGGGGGACAGCCAGAUAAAGAGUCAAUAAGACUAUUAUGUCAAGUGUAAACUGUACUAUGGAGUGAGCAUUUUGGGAGGAAAAUGCUGUUGUCGAAAGACUUGAUCUCUACAAUGCUGAUGUCCAGCUACACCAAUUGCCUGUUGUCUUGAAGGCCCAUUUCCAAAAUCCCAAAAAUCAGACAGUUAGGUUGUUAAAACUGCUAACAGGACCAAAAAGUAAAAAAACAAACCACAGCUAAGGUACUUUACUUGGAACCUGACUAGAUUUUUUGGAAAAAUGUUUACAUAACACCCUAGGAAAUUCACAAAGUAGGGCUCUGCUUGGUGAAAUACAAUUUUAAAUACAUCUUUGCAUGCAUGUGGACUUAGCCUGGUUCUUUGCU